CCCGGGCAGCGGCGGCCGUGGAGCCCUGGCGAGGCGGGGGCGGCCCCGUCCCGCAGAGCGCUCCGCCGCCGCGGCCCCGCCGCCGCUGGAGUCGCCGCCGACCCGAGGAGGAGGACGAGAUACCGGGGGACGCUGAAAGAAAAACAACUUUGUGGGUGCCCUGUGGGUAGAUGCAUCUGUGACAUGGAGUAUGUGUUUGGUCAUCUACAAUCUGAGGCAACAGUGUGUGAGCUAUAUAUGACAGAAGAAUUAAUUGUGGAGACAGUCCAGCUGAAUGACUGUGUCAUAAUAAAGAACUGGUUUAAAAAUGUUUAUGUCUCAAGCCAGUAAUCCAAGUCUGGGAAAGCCUAGCAGCCCAACAGUAAAAACAAUUAAUUUUUUAUAAACGUCGCUGCAGAAAGAACAAGCAGUCUAUAUAUUUUACCAUGUGUUCCCUGAUUCUUUAGCUUUCAUUACACUGAAAUCAUGGUAUGAGGAUUGGUGGGGAAGGUCCUACCCCCAUCCCCAGCACACAUCCAGCAACUAGAGACUGUGUCAAGAUGACCUCUGAGGAGAUGACAGCAUCUGUUCUCCUCUCUGUGGUACAGGGUAAAGUGAUAGCUGCCCAGUCAGCUGGAGAUAAAAAUACUGAAAAUGCUUUGGACACCAGUGUUAUAAGAAGACAUACAGCCAGUUCAGGAAGGCAAACCACACACAAUCUGUCUUACUUACACAGACUUGAAGAAGAAAGUCUUCAGGGCUCAGUGCCUAAAAUAUUCCCUCUGGCCAAAGAGCAACUGGCUAACGACAAGAGUAAUGAAAACUUCUGGGAGAGGAACAGCUCCAUCUCUGAUUCAGUGGAAUUUCUUAACAUUAACUGUAACAUUGUACAGAAAAACUACAAGAGCAAUAUCUCCUGCAGCCAGUUGUAUCAAUCUUGUGCUCCUUUAUCAGGGAAAGAGGCAUGCCUGGAAACUGGAAUUCCUGUUUCGCUGGAAAGAGCCAUGCUUGCUGAAAUUCAGUUGAAAAUGAAUGGACCUUCAUUAAGAAGCCAGACAGCAGUAAAUAAGAAUGACAGCAGUGAUCCUGAUAAAGUGGCCUUUUUUCACUUACAUUGUGCUAGUGAAAGGAAUAUAUCAAAGGCUUUGUGUGGUUUACACAACAGCUUCCUUUUGGAUGACUGCUUGCAGCCCAUGAGUGAUGGUGAUGGUAACACCACUGGUUCCCCAGCCUGCACUUGCAGCAUAAUGCAGUUGACAAAUAAUUGUGAGAAUAAAAAUGGACAGCAGUUGUAUGAAGACGCUUUAAAGGAUAAGUUCUUAUGUCUGGAAAGAGCACCACGAAGGGUUAAAGUUGCGUGUUCAGGUCACAACUUCUGUGGAAAUAACUUUACUGGAAGAAUGCCCUUAAAGCCCUUUCUGAGCCAUUUUGAGGACUGCAAUGAUAACUGUGAAGAAGAGCUGGAAGAGGAUUUUUUUAGAAACAAAAAGGAACGUUCUACGCUAUUAAUAAGACGUUUCUGUAAAAACGAUAAAGAGGUUAAAAAAUCAGUUUAUACUGGAACAAGAGCAAUUUUUAGGACUUUACCAUCAGGGCACAUAGGAACUGUUGCUUGGAAUUAUGUUGAGCAAAGGAGAAACAACAGUGGCAUGAAGCUUUCUAGGAUUACAACAGAACAGCUAACUACAAUUCAGUCCCUAAUAAAAUGGAAAUUUAAUUCCUGUCCUGAGAAGUCUUUAUGGUAUGAGAUCUUCAGUACAGUGAGAGAAGAAGAAGAAGGAGCAGAAGAUAUUUGUGAAUAUAUUCCUCAUCUUCUGAGGAAGCUCCCAACAUCUGUUACGAACUGUAUAUACAAAGGAGAUGGUUUUUGUGUAAAACCAUGUGUAACAGGUACUUACUGUCAAUAUCGUGCCACUUCACAGAGGACUGCACUCUCUAACUAUAUAACUGGUGCUUUACUAGAAGCAACUACAUCAUUAGGAGCAAGAAGUGGUCUUUUAAAUAUCUUCGGAGGAUCAACUGGAAGAACAAUGCUUAAAGAGCGCCAGGCGUGUACAUCCAUGGCUGGCUCCAGCGGCUUUCCCUCCAGCGUGGCCGGUAUCAGCAAGGAGCUGAUCGAGCUGCAGCACCUCAUCCAGUUCCCAGAGGAGGUUGCCAGCAUUCUGACCGAGCAGGAGCAGGAGCUCUACCGCAAAGUCUUACCCAUCGACUACCUCUGCUUUCUGACCAGGGAUUUGGGCAGUGCUGAGUGUCAGAGCAAGCUGCCAUCUAUUAAGGCAUCCAUAUCUGCUACUAUUCUUUCUUCUCCCAAUGGAGAACAUAAUGCUAUAGAAGAUCUUGUGACAAGGUUUAACGAGGUGAGCUCCUGGGUUACCUGGCUGAUCCUGACUGCGGGUUCUAUGGAGGAGAAACGAGAAGUCUUCUCAUACUUAGUACACGUGGCAAAAUGCUGCUGGAAUAUGGGCAACUACAAUGCUGUAAUGGAAUUCCUGGCAGGGCUGAGGUCAAGAAAAGUUUUAAAAAUGUGGCAAUUUAUGGACCAGUCUGAUAUUGAAACCAUGCGAAGUCUGAAAGAUGCUAUGGCACAACAUGAGUCAUCAUCUGAAUACAGGAAAGUGGUCAACCGGGCACUCAAUAUUCCAGGCUGCAAAGUUGUUCCUUUCUGUGGAGUAUUUUUAAAAGAGCUUUGUGAAGUUUUGGAUGGAGCAUCGAGCCUCAUCAGACUCUGUCCACGAUAUAACUCCCAGGAUGAAACAUUAGAGUUUGUUUCAGAUUACAGUGGACAAGAUAAUUUCUUACAACGAGUAGGCCAAGAUGGUUUAAACAAUCCAGAAAAAGAAUCAACAACAAACAAUAUCUUUCAAACAAUUCGGAGCUGCAAUCGCAGUUUGGAGUCUGAAGAGGGUGACGAUAAUGUCAGUGAAGGGAGCGGCUCAAGGAAAAACUCCUUGAAGGACAAAAACCGCUACCAAUUUCUCAUCGGAGAUCUUUCAGAUUCUGAAAGUGACAUAUUUGAGCAGUUGAAAGAAUGGGACACGAGUUCAACCGAAGAGCAGCAAAAGGCUUUCUGCCACGGGAUCGAGCUCAUUCCCUGGUACGUGUUGUCCAUCAGGGCUGACGUCCAUCAGUUCAUGCAGCAAGGCGCGACCGUCAUUCAUUACGACCAGGAGACACAUCUCUCAGCUCGCUGCUUUCUUCAGCUCCAGCCUGACAAUAGUACUUUGACUUGGACAAAACCCACAACAGUUUGCCCUGCAAAUGCUAAGGCAAAACUGAGUGUGCUGGGCAAUUCUGCUGAGCUUGGUAAAUACCAGUUUCUUGGUAAUACUGGACUGGUGGAAGGCUUUUUGGACUUGUUUUCAGCCAAGGCUGUAUAUAUGGGACAUUCGGGCAUUGAUAUGCACACUGUGUGUGUUCAAAAUAAGCUUUGCAAUAUGUCCCUUGAAGAAAAUGGUAUAACACUACUUUAUGGACUUCAGACUACUGAUAAUAAGUUGCUGCACUUUGUUGCUCCAAAAUACACUGCCAGAAUGCUGUAUGAUGGAUUGCUGGAAUUGACUAAAGCUGUAAGAAAAAUGAGGAGAUUCCCUGAUCAAAGACUACAGUGGCUACGGAAACAGUAUGUCAGCCUUUACCAGGAGGACGGAAGGUUUGAAGGCCCAACCUUGGCUCAGGCUGUUGAGCUGUUUGGAGGCAGACGAUGGAAUGCAAGAAGCACAGGCACGGGAUCUCUCACCAAAAGCACUGAGAAGCCCAACGUGCAGAGAAACAACACUCUGGGAAUCAGCACAGCUAAGAAAAAGAAGAAAGUACUCAUCAGGGGUGAAAGUGGAGAGGCCACUGAUGAUGAAAUGGCAACUCGGAAGGCAAAAAGCUGUAAGGAAUAUCGUAAUAGAAGUGGUUCAGAUCCUCAAGAUAUUGAUGAACAAGAAGAACAAGAUCAAAAUAUUAUUAUUAAUGCUUCUCCAUCUAACAACCUGCCAUCAAGAAGAGCUCACUCUCUGACAGCUUCUGGAUCUCCCAACUUAGGAGCUACAUCAUCUUCACCAGCAAGACCUGUCUCCUCUCCUGUAAUAUCAUCAAGCAAAAGUCAGUCUAGCACAUGGAGCAGCAGUAGCUGGCAUGGCCGUGUCAAAGGAGGAAUGAAGGGAUUUCAGAACUUCAUGGUGUCUGAUAGUAACAUGACUUUUGUGGAAUUUGUAGAGCUCUUCAAAUCUUUCAGUGUCCGUAGCCGCAAGGAUCUGAAAGACCUUUUUGAUGUUUACGCUGUGCCUUGCAAUCGAUCUGGCUUAGAGCCUGCUCCACUUUAUACUAAUUUGAAGAUUGAUGAAAAUAGCAGCGGAUUCCAGCCUGAUUUAGACUUGUUGACUAGAAAUGGUUCAGACCUUGGUUUGUUCAUUAAGACCAGGCAGCAGCUAUCAGACAACCAGAGGCAAAUAUCUGAUGCCAUUGCUGCUGCCAGCAUCGUAACCAAUGGUACUGGAGUUGAAAGCACAUCACUGGGAGUGUUUGGAGUAGGAAUCCAGCAGCUGAACGACUUCCUAGUGAAUUGCCAAGGAGAGCACUGCACCUACGAUGAAAUCCUCAGUAUUAUCCAGAAAUUUGAACCUAGUGUGAACAUGUGCCAGCAGGGGCUGCUAUCUUUUGAAGGAUUUGCAAGAUUUUUGAUGGAUAAAGACAACUUUGCCUCCAAAAAUGAUGAAUCACAGGAGAAUGCUGAGGACUUGCACUUCCCUCUCUCAUAUUACUACAUAGAAUCCUCACACAAUACUUACCUUACUGGCCAUCAGCUUAAAGGGGAGUCCUCAGUGGAGCUCUACAGCCAGGUUCUCUUACAAGGCUGCAGAAGUGUAGAAUUAGACUGCUGGGAUGGUGAUGAUGGGAUGCCUAUCAUUUAUCAUGGGCACACUCUUACUACAAAGAUCUCUUUUAAGGAGGUGGUGGAAGCCAUCGAUCGCAACGCGUUCAUCACCUCCGACAUGCCGGUCAUCAUCUCCAUAGAAAACCACUGCUCGCUGCCCCAGCAGCGCAAGAUGGCCGAGAUCUUCAAGAAUGUAUUUGGAGAUAAGUUGGUGACAAAGUUUUUAUUUGAGAGUGACUUUUCUGAUGAUCCCAUGCUGCCUUCCCCUGGCCAACUGAGAAGAAAAAUCCUGCUUAAAAACAAGAAGCUGAAAGCCCAUCAAACACCAGUGGAUAUAUUGAAACAAAAGGCUCAUCAGCUGGCACAUUUACAAGCACAGGCUAGCAAUGGUGCCAGCAACCCCACACCUACCAAUGAAGAGGAAGAAGAUGAGGAAGAUGAAUAUGACUAUGACUAUGAAUCUCUCUCUGACGCUGAUGUCCUUAAUGCUUCUCCUGCUCCUAACAGCCAGGAAGAUAAUAUUCUUGAAGAUCGACCUGAAAAUAAAUUAUCAAGUGAUAAACUGCAGUUUGAGUAUAAUGAAGAGACUGCCAAACGACUGAAGAAGGCUGAUUGUGCUACUUACAAUAAUAAAGGAAAGGUUUACGACAUGGAGCUGGGUGAAGAAUUCUAUCUUCCACAGAAUAAGAAGGAAAGCAGACAAAUAGCCCCAGAGCUAUCAGAUCUUGUCAUUUACUGUCAAGCAGUAAAGUUCCCGGGCUUGUCAACUCUAAACCCAUCUGGCUCUAGCAGAGGAAAAGAAAGAAAAAGCAGGAAGUCCAUUUUUGGCAACAAUCCUGGCAGGCUGAGCCCUGGGGAGUCGGCUGCUCUUGCCAAAGCAUCUGGAAAAGGUCCUUUUGAUGCGAUGAGGCAGACUUGGGAAGAUCCUUGCUCUCCUUACAACUCUCCAGCCUCCCUCAGUGCCAUCAUAAGGACUCCCAAGUGCUACCACAUCUCGUCCCUGAACGAGAACGCUGCCAAGCGGCUCUGCAGGCGCUAUUCCCAGAAGCUGAUCCAGCACACCACCUGCCAGCUCCUGAGGACCUACCCCGCCGCCACGCGCAUCGACUCCUCCAAUCCCCACCCCCUGAUCUUCUGGCUCCACGGUGUGCAGCUCGUGGCUCUGAACUACCAAACAGAUGAUCUUCCUCUGCAACUCAACGCAGCAAUGUUUGAGGCCAACGGUGGCUGUGGAUAUGUCCUGAAACCUCCGGUUCUGUGGGAUAAAAACUGUUCAAUGUACCAGCAUUUUUGUCCAUUGGAAAGAGACCUUGAUAAUAAGGAGCCAGCUAUAUAUUCUUUAACAAUCGUGUCUGGCCAGAACGUUUGCCCCAGCAACAGCACGGGCAGCCCCUGCAUCGAGAUCGACGUGCUGGGGAUGCCCCUGGACAGCUGCCACUUCCGCACGAAGCCCAUCCACCGCAACACCCUCAACCCCAUGUGGAACGAGCAGUUCCUGUUCCGCGUGCACUUCGAAGAUCUGGUCUUUCUGCGCUUCGCCGUUGUUGAGAACAACUGCUCGGCUGUCACGGCGCAGAGGAUCAUUCCCCUGAAGGCGCUCAAGAGAGGCUACAGACAUGUCCAGCUCCAUAACCUACACAAUGAAACAUUAGAAAUUUCCAGUUUGUUCAUAAACAGUCGGAGAAUGGAAGAAAGCCCCUCUGGAAACACUCUGCCUGCAUCUAUGUUGUUUAGCCAGGGAGAAAGGAAAGCUGCUGUGACUUACAAAGUGACAGUUCAUGGAAUUCCAGGCCCAGAGCCUUUCACUGUUUUCAGUGUAAGUGCAGGGACCACGGCUGCACAGCUGCUCCAUCAGCUCUUGGCUACCAUAAAAGGCACCGAGUCAUGUGCUGCAGACUAUUUUCUGAUGGAAGAGAAAAGUUUUAUAUCAAAAGAAAAGAGUGAAUGCAGAAAACCACCAUUCCAGAGAGUGAUUGGUCCUGAAGAAGGGCUAGUGCAGCUUUUAAACAGUUGGUUCCCAGAAGAAGGAUAUGUUGGAAGAAUUAUCUUUAAAACUCGAGAGGAAAAUUUAAAUGAGCGCAACGUCUUUCAAGAAGCAAAGGAAGAAGCAGCCAUCAGCUCUGAGGAUGACAGCUUCUUUGUUCAGGUACACGAUGUCUCCCCAGAGCAACCACGCACCGUGAUCAAAGCUCCACGCCUCAGCACGGCUCAGGAUGUCAUACAGCAGACUCUCUGCAAAGCCAAAUACUCCUACAGCAUUCUGAGCAAUCCAAACCCAAGUGAUUAUGUGCUCUUGGAAGAGGUGGCUAAAGAACCAGCAAACAAAAAGUCUUCAACAUCUAAACCAUCUCAGAGGAUUCUCUCUGAUCAGGAGUGUGUGUUUCAGGCCCAAAGCAAGUGGAAGGGAGCAGGAAAAUUUAUCCUUAAGCUCAAAGAACAGGUUCAGGCAGCACGAGAUGACAAGAGAAAAGGCAUCUCCUUCACCAGUGAACUGAAGAAGCUGACCAAGUCGAGUAAGCAGUACCGGGGCUUCGUGUCGGACAGUGCCCAGGGCAGGGAGGAGAGAGCCGCCUGCGCCCUGGCCUUCAGUGACAUCGUGGAAUAGUCCCGGCUGCUGCCACCGCACGGCCUGCCCAGUGCCUUUGAAGGAUCCUGCUGUGGACUGAACUGGUCAGAAUUGUGUGCCCUGUGCUACAGAUGCUUAAUCCAGGCAAUGCUGCUGGAUUAACAUCCAGACUCUGGGAAUCCUAAGUGGGAUGCUGUAGAUGGGAAAGAUGCCUGUCAGCUCUCGGAAGAUUCCUCUCUUCCUGUUUCUUCACAUCUGCAGAUUCUCCAUAGGCGGAUGGAGAAGUUUUCUUGGACUGUAUGUUGUAAACAAACACGUGUCAUCACCCUCCCCUUUUUAAACAAAAGAUAAUUUUAGCUUGUUGCCUCUAAGGAAUCAGAAGGCAGAGAACCAGAGUGGUCUUUUAUGUGUAUUAUAUUAAAAUAACGCACUUUUACCUGAUGAUUACUGUUAAACACUGUGUUAAGUGAUUGUAAAGAGAUUGAAAUAUACUGUAACUUCCUUGGCAUAUCUGUUUAACUUUGGUGAAUAUACACAAAACACUCAAAAUUAUUUAUGGUUUAUCUACAUUAACAAAAUAAUGUACAAUAGCUGAGUACAUCUUACUGGUAGUGAGACCUUGGCAAGGAAUAACAUUUUCUUCUUAUAAAUUUGUUUUCCAGGCUUGUGUUUAAAGAAAGAAUAUUUAUUAUCAUGUUUCAAAGUACAUGCCAUUGUAUAGUAUAUUUAUCAUAUACUACUUUUUAGAAAAUGCAGAUUUUUUUAUCUUUCUCUGGAUUUAGAGGAAAAAAAUAUUAGAACUUUUCUGGUUCUUUCUUUUCAGCACAAGAUGUUUAAUACCCAGUACUGACCAAAUUCAAAACAAUGCAUUGAUAAGUGUAAUUAACAUUUCAAAAUUUUGAAUUCAAACCGCAUUUUUCCAUGAAGUCAGGAACUGUCUUUUUACUUGUCUCUAAAACCCAGAGAGUAUAAAGAACUUUACACUCCAACUCUUGACAAUUCUGUUUACAUAGAAACACUGUUGUGAAGUUUUAUGUGUGCUGAAUUCAUCUUUUGUAAUCUAAGUUAGUUAUGGUAGUCUUUCUUUUUUUUCCUUCAUGGGAGUUACUGAUGUGUUUAGUUAUUUAAAAUAAUCCAUUACAGGGGCACAAAUUAAACAACUGCUGCCAUCAGCCAUCCCUUUCAUCUCCCACUAGAAAUGUGUCUGUGGGGAACAAACUGCUCUGCACAUGUUUUUGUUUCACUAGAGCAAACCCUGAACAGAGGAAAGAAGUUACAGGCAGAAGUCUCAUGACAGCUAAUGCUGCCCCCCCCACACCCGAUGAAUAAGUGAAAUAAAACAAAGUUAUUAACUGGCAUAUAAACAAGCAGACAGAACCUGCAUUCUGUCACCAGAAACUAUGAAGUCUUUCACUAUACACUACAGAAAAUGCCUAUAAAGUAGCCAUUUACCAAAGCAAAAAAGUGCCCUCUUGAGGUCACUUCCAGCUUUCAGAAAAAAUAACCACAGACAUGCAAAAAAGUCAAAUUUCUCAGUGGCAUAUCCUCACAGAGGCCAUGCACUUCCCACUGCUCAUCUUUCACAAAAGUUAAGUUUUGAAUUUUUGUACCAAAGCAGCAUUUUACCAAUCAGCAACAUGACCCAAGUCAAGCCCCCAGCCAGCCCAGUAGCAGCCCCUGUGAGGGACGUGCUCCCUCCCCACCUGCCCAAAGGAAAGACUGAGCCCCAGCAAAAUGUUAAGUGACAACUUACACAUAGGUCUAUGUGCAUAGAUUGCUUUGGAAUACUUUGGAAUUUCUGGGAAAUACAUCAUCAACCUGCUGCACAAUUCAACUAAUGCAACCAUUUUUUAAAACAUUAGCUUCAUUCUCUCUGUUAUUUUAACACAGUAGCACUUUGAUGUCACUGAGAAAUUUUUUCUUUUGGUGUUUUUAUGGCAUUUUAAAAACACUUAAUGUCCUGUAGUUUGCCCUUACCUGUUAAACCUUUUCUUUUUUGUUGGUGUGAUUUUUUGGGGUUUUGGGGGAUUUUUUAUCUUUAGCAGUUCUGAAAGUUCUUAAUAUCACCUGUAGUAUCACAGUAGGCUGGCAGACACCCUUGCUAAUUGGAUUCAACAUAGAAAGUUCUUAUACCCAUGUUGUCAUCCCCUAGUGCUUUUCUGUCACAUACAUAUAAAAAUAAUAAUAAUGGGGAAGCAAAGGGGAUAUUAGUAGUCACAUCAUAUCAUGCACCACAGGCCUAACACUAGCCUAAAGUCUUGUGGACAUUUAAAAUGAGCAGCUUUGUACUAUUUUUGCUAACAUAAUUUUUCUAGCUGUUGGAAUAACUUAUUAAGUAUCUUCAUCAUCAAUCACAGUCAGAACCUCCUUUGUCUAUCACAGUAAAGAGAACAGCAAAAUAUUUGGCUUUUUAUUUAAAAACCCUAACUUUGUAGGCCUGUAGACAUCUGGAACUGUGUAAGACUAAUGAACCUGUUCCAGUAUUUUCAUUAAAAUACACGCAUCACUUAAAGUUUAGGUAUUGGUAAAUAUCCAGGUAAACUUUUCUUAGUGAAACAUGAUACACUUUGGGGUGAAUUUGGGAAGAGCUGCAGUGCCCUUCCUCUUGCUGGUUCCAAGUAGUGGAAAUACAAUACCACUUGAAGCAUCAAAGAGCAAGGGGGAGUUGUUAACGUUUGUGAAAGCCAAGUUAAAGAGCUUUCAUGUGCUAAGUUGUUAUGCUAAUAGGAAAUGUUUAUUCUGUUUAGCCAGAUUUUAUUUCUGCAGGAAUCUGCCCACACAUUCCUAUGACAAAACUGACAAAAUAACUUUGUCCUUUUCCAUGCUUUUGGCUGAGUAUGUACAUCAAUUAGGAAAAUACAUUCAUUUUUACAUUACAAACUAUUUACAGGAAGCAGCUUCCAGGAUAAAGUUGGAAAGAAAGGAAUGUAAAUAAAUCAACAUCUUCCAGAAACAUGCAGUCUCUGAGCAGUAGCAGGCCUUGCACUGCACACCUUUCAGGUGGAAAUCUUGCUUCUCCUGCUCCAUUGCCUACUGACAAAACCACAAAAGUAUUUUAUUCUGUACUAUUUAAAAACUGCUCCUUUUCUACCAGUUUCUUACCCUUUCCCGUGCAGCACGUGGUGCUUGCAGCAUGUGACUGUAAGAGCCAAAAGCUGGGCAGUCCCAGCUCCUGUGUGCAUGCAGAGCCCUCUGCUUGUAGGAACUGGGGCACUCCAGGAGCUGCUUCCUCUACCGCCCAAAGGGCUUCCUGGUUCUCCCACUGACCCCAGGAGCAGUCAGAACACUAAAAAAUACUAUCUCAGUUUCUGGGUUUUUAAGCCUAGUGACACUUUUUUCCUUGCUUACAAAUAUUACUAGAUGUGGUGUCUGCUUCUAGAACUCACAGGCUUUCGAGAAUUAAACACUUCAACACAGAAAUAUCCAAAUAUUUCAAGAACACUUUCUCAUACAUUCAUAGUUUAUUUUCAAAAAGAGAAAACUUUGCUUUAGAGGCUAAGUCUGCAGCUUCUGAAACUCAACUGUCUGUUCUGCUCUUCAAAUGCUUUCAUUAACAUCUGGUUUUUAAUCACUGUCUGUUACUAUUCCACUGUAAAACUCAGUUUACUUUUAGGGUAGCCCACUGAAUGUACCAAUGGUGGCAGUUUUUCCAGUCUGUGAUAAAUAUUUUGUAACUUAAAUAGUGAUAGGCAUUUGGCAGAAUUAGCAAAUUCAACACAAAAAUAAAUAGCAGUAAAUAGAUUUUGCUCUGGUAGAUGUAUAAGCUCUUUCAGAAUGACUUGUACAGUUGUCUUCCUCUGCCUCUUCAAGCAUGUCAAAAUAUUCUGACAAUGCAACAUCACUAUGUGCCAGUCUUUAUAUGUUUGGAAACUAUGUAAAAUGAACAAUUUUAAAAGUGACUUUUCCACCUGGACUGUUUUCUCUCUGCUGACUUGAAUAAACUGUAUUUGUAUAUGUUGUAUAAAAAUAAAUGGUUUAAGAUGUUGAA